CAUCACUGGGCAUUUUAGUCGAAAAAUCUACGCUGGAUUAUAAGUUAUAUUUUGAAAUAAAAAUUAAUUUAUCAUCUUAAAAUCGUGAUUUUAGUAAUCGUUAUAAGAUAUAUAUUAUAUUUUUUGUCUAAUUCAAGUUACAAGUUUUUAGAUUAUACCUAACCUAUAAUGUCUGGAUAGUCCGUAUUAUGAAAGCAGGAAAAUUUCCAUAAACAAUGGCUGAUAAAAUCAAAUUACAAUCUAAGUAUGACAUGCAAGGAAAUUAUGAAAUGUCGGAUUCUGGAGAUGAAUAUACCGAAAAAGAAAAACAAUUACUUCAGAACUUUCAAGGGAAUGAUGAUUACCAAUCAAGUAGUGAAGAUGAAGUUUAUGGCUUUUCUGACAAUGAAUCAAACAAAAGUGAUUUGGGUAUGGCAGAUAGUGAUGUAGAAGGACAAGAGAAAUCUGAUGAUGACCUACCUGAUUCAAAAGCAUGGGGUAAGAAAAAAAGGGCAUACUACUCUACAGAUUAUGUUGAUGAAGACUAUGGAGGUUUUGGAGAUGAUGAAGAAGCAGCACUUAUGGAAGAGCAAGAAGCAAAAAAUAUACAAAAGAGACUUAUUGAACAGUUAGAAGAAGAAGACUUCAAACUAGACUUCUUGACACCACAAGUAUCUGCUGAAGAUGAGGGAAAAGAAAGUGUAAUCAAAAGUGACCUGAGCCAAAUGUCAAAAAGAGAAAAACUGCAGAUUUUAGAAAAGGAGAGUCCAGAAUUUGCUGGACUUGUAGAUGACUUCAAAUCAAAGCUUACUGUUGCCAAGGAUGACUUGCAUCCUGUAUUACAACUGGUCAAUGGGGGCAAGCUUCCAGAAUGUGCUGCUUCUAAAUUUAUCAAAACAAAUUAUGAUCUUAUUUUAAAUUACUGCACCAAUAUAAGUUUUUACCUCCUACUGAAAAGUCAGAAAAUAAAUAUACAAAACCAUCCUGUGGUCAAGAGAUUGUACCAAUAUAGGCAAAUUUUGAUUAAAUUGGAGCCCAUUUACUUAGAAGUGAUUAAACCUCAAAUUGAUAAAAUAAUGAAUGCUUUUAAGAAUAAUAUUAAACUGAAUAUCCUAAAAAAUCAAUCAUUGAAACGAAAAUCUGGUAAACAUACACCAGAACUACCAUCCAAGAAAUUAAAAUUGAUAAAUGCCUUAGAAAAAGAUGAAGGUGAAGAUACUGGAGUGUCUGAUGAUGAGGGAGGUGAUAAUAUAGAAAAUGAUUACUUUAAGGCUGAUAAUUUAGAAUCAAGAAACUUAAAUGAAUCAGAUGAGAGUGGAUUUUCAGAUAAUGAUGGAGAUGAUAGUGGUGUACCAGGGAAACCUAAAGAUCAAAUUUCACUACAAGAAUUAGGUGAAAAACGGCAAAUAACAUACCAAAUUGCGAAAAACAAGGGAUUAACACCAUAUAGAAAGAAAGAGCAGAGAAACCCAAGAGUGAAGCAUAAGCUAAAAUAUAGGAAAGCCAAAAUACGAAGGAAGGGUGCCAUUCGCGAGCCAAGAACGGAGGUGACAAGAUAUGCGGGAGAAUCUUCAGGCAUUAAAGCCAAUGUUAAAAAAGGAAUAAAAAUUAAGUAAAACUAAUAAGAUUUAUUGUAAUAAACUUUAUUAACAUAUA